CCCCAGCUCAGGCUCGGGCUCCAGCAAAGCUGACCCGGACACUGCGCUGCUCUCUGGCUCGCUCGCUCCCGUCCGCUCCCCGCUAGCUCCAAGAGCCGGCUAAGUCCCUUCCUUGUUGGCCACCUCACUUGGGCUGCAAAACAUGAACACAGAGAAGAUUGUCAUCCAGGGGCCGGGGCCCUGGGGUUUCCGUCUCGUGGGAGGAAAGGACUUCGAGCAGCCCCUCACUAUUUCCCGGGUUACCCCAGGCAGCAAAGCAGCACUGGCUAAUGUAUGUAUUGGAGAUGUUAUCUUGGCCAUUGAUGGAGAAAAUACCAGUAACAUGACUCACUUGGAAGCCCAGAAUAAAAUCAAGAGCUGUGUAGAUGACAUAACGCUCACAGUUGGCAGGAGUGAACAUAAAAUCUGGUCUCCCCUGGUGACAGAGGAAGGGAAACGCCAUCCGUACAAAAUGAAUUUAGCCUCUGAACCCCAAGAAGUCUUGCACAUAGGAAGUGCCCACAACCGAAGUGCCAUGCCUUUCUCAGCCAGCCCAGCAUCCACUGCUUCUCCUCGAAUCAUCACUGCCCAAUACAACAAUCCGGCCAACCUCUACUCUUCAGAAAACAUCUCGAACUUCAAUAAUGCUUUGGAAUCGAAGACUGCAGCCAGUCUUGAGCAGAACAAUGGAAUCUUAGAACACAGCCAACCUUCAAGUAACAUUGCCAUAGCUAAAGAUUCAGAAGUUUACAAGAUGCUCCAAGAGAAGCAAGAGCUAAAUGAGCCUCCUAAACAAUCCACCUCGUUCCUGGUUUUGCAGGAAAUUCUAGAGUCUGAGGAGAAAGGGGACCCCAAUAAACCCUCAGGAUUCAGAAGUGUAAAGGCACCUGUUACCAAAGUUGCUGCAUCAAUUGGAAAUGCCCAGAAGCUGCCCAUGUGUGACAAGUGUGGGACUGGCAUCGUCGGAAUAUUUGUGAAGCUUCGAGAUAAGCAUCGGCACCCCGAGUGCUACGUUUGCAGUGACUGUGGGACCAACCUGAAGCAGAAGGGUCAUUUCUUUGUGGAAGACUGCAUCUAUUGUGAAAAGCAUGCCCGGGAGCGAGUGACCCCUCCUGAGGGUUAUGAUGUGGUCACAGUGUUUCCCAAGUAGACCCGCAGAUGUGUCACACUCACCGUCUCCAAUCCUGACUCUACUUUCCUCCCUCUGGUUCCCUUUGCCUUUCUCUCCUAACGUCUCUAGCAAUUGACAUGGUUUUAUCACUGUGAUAAAAAACCUUUCUCUUUGCCUCAGCUAAUGGGAUAUGACCCAUCCCAUGAUGCUCACUCUCCAAAUGGUGAGCAGCUUGGCCUUGAGUCCUCUUAACAAGCAUUGUGUCUUCUUGCCACACUCUACUACUAUCUCCUGCAGACUGCAUCAGAUAGAAAUUCAAAUUAGAAACAAAACAAAAUCUACUGGACAUGGAAUUAAUUUUAUAGUCAAUAAAUGUGAAGAAUUUGGCUGAGAGUAUACUAUGUGUCUUCACGUAACCAUGUAUCCUCACCUAACCAUGUGCCAUAUGGCUAUAGCCAACCCAAACUUUAAGCUGAUCCUUCUGACGCAUCUGCCUUCACUUCAAGGGUUCCAUUCACUCCCUUUAGAGUCUCAGCAUAACCUCAGAGAGAGUGAGGAAGGGGGCUAAUCCCAGUGAAGUAGGGAUUCUCUGGAGACUCCAGAAGUGAGAUUUCUUUGUCCUAUCCCCUGAAUUGAAGGCACAUUGAAUACUUGGAAAUACCUUAAGGACAGAGGGGAAGCAAAGAGUCCAAAGAAUUCACAGACUAUAUGAUUUUCAAUGACCUAGCUGAUUCUCGGAGAUACACCCACUGUAGAAAUGGGGACCAUCUAAAUAGAUUAUUUGAGAGCUCUUCUUUAGGGUUUCAAGCUUUACAUAAAAGACCCAGGGCCUCCUUCCACUUUUUAAAGUCUUUCCUUGCCUCUUCACUCCUAGAUACUCAUGUUAGAGCAUGUUAGGAGAAUUAGAAUUGGGUUGAAUAGACUCACUCCCUGACUAAAGCAGAGAGCAGAAUCUUAUUCCUGCAUUGCCCCCAUUUUAGCCAAAUAAAAAAUUUCACUUUUUCCUCACUUAGAAUAACUCCUUUUUCAGCAUUUUAUAAUAAAUGGAUAUUUUUAUUGACUGGCUAAUGGAGGGUGAGACCACCCACCUUCCACCACUGCCCCUUCCUGACCCAUAGCAGGUGCUUACAUUUAACUUUGAGGGAGGUGGGAAGAAGUCUGACCACAGCAGGGGAUCUCCUUAGGAGCCUUACUCUUCCCAAAACAUUCAUUGGGGACACCUGUCCUUCUGCCAGCUGACCUUCCUUUACUUGACAUAUGAAGAAUACUCGGGCUCAUGGGGUGCCGGAAGGAGGAGUUUCCUUGUUCUAGAUUUCCAGAAAAGUGCUGAAAGUGAUCACAUCAAAGGCCCGAUGAGGGGGUCUACUGCUUUUUAUUGUGAUUAUCAUGAUAAAUGUCAGUGUCAUUAAACUGGUUUUUGCCAUCAGCA